AUGCGAAUAUGGAUCUAUCCUAUGAAAGCGAGACUGAAAAUGAUAAAACCUCGAGACGAAUUGUUAUCCAAAAAUAAUAUAUUAAUGCAUAUCAAGUUUAUAACGCCUAUAAUAAAGGAACAAUCUAUAUUGGGCUCAGUGGCAACGAAAUAUAUAAUUGCAAGUUUUCUUUGAAUGAAAAAAUUGGACGAAAUUAUAAGCCCUUAA